UAUUGCGACGGAGUCGAGUGCCGAUUCUUGCGUCGAACGCCUCGAAUGGAUCCGGGUCGAGCCUUUCUCCAUCGCAACGUGACAAAAUUUGUCUCCUCCGCUUUAAAGACUACCAAUGCCUUGAAGGAGUGGCGCUUCUGCUCUCCGAACGAGCCGGCCCAGGCUGACGGACGUGGCAUUUGCCCGCCCAGCGACUUUGCGUCAAAAAGGGCUACGUCUCUACGCGACGACGCUGAAACGCCGACAACCGGCCAGCCUCCAGCUCUUGCAAAGUCGACGAGCAAAGCUGACCAGUUGACACGACCUGACGAGCCGCGUUCAGGAAAGUGGGGCGACCAGACUCGCACCUCGCAGGCAAGACAGGAGGCCUGCACCAUGACAACGUGGGCCGACUGGUCGCCCUGCCUCAACGCCACCUGCUCGCGUCUUGGAAUGAUCUACCGGUGGCGACUCUUCAGUUCACCGGAGCAAAGAGAGGUUUGCCAGCGCAAAGCCGCUCGUUUCCACAUUGCACAACUGUCAUACGGCAACAUCCUUUCUACAUUGUAA